GCAAUUUUUUUUGCCCAGUGUAGAAUAGUGCAACUGUCUUGAGCAUGGGAUAAUAUGAUCAUAAUUGAUAGACAAUUUGGUGACUUCUGCAGUAAAUGAACAGAAGAAAUCACGGAAGAAGGUUGUUGUUAUUGCGACUGUGGCUGCAAGUGUAGGAAUUUUUUUGUUGUGUACUUCAAUUUACUUUCUCUGGAAGCGGAGGUCGAGAAGACGCUACGAUAGAAGAGAUUCUCUGUUAGAAGAGGUUAGCUCUCCAUCUAACAGAGAUUUGCCCAUGGUGGAUCUGGGCAUCAUUCAGGCAGCUACAUGCAACUUUUCAGAUGAUAACAAGCUCGGGGAAGGUGGAUUUGGACCUGUUUACAAGGGUAUACUUCCUAAUGGGAAAGAAAUUGCAGUUAAAAGGCUCUCAACUGGAUCCCGUCAGGGUACUGCUGAAUUCAAUAACGAGGUGAAAUUAAUUGCUAAAAUUCAGCACAGGAAUCUUGUAAGGAUGCUGGGAUGCUGCAUUCAGAAUGAAGAAAGAUUGCUCGUCUAUGAAUACCUGCAAAACAAAAGCCUCGAUACCUUCCUAUUUGACCCAGAGAAGCGCUCUCAGCUGGAUUGGAGGAAACGCCUUCACAUCAUUGCAGGCAUUGCACGAGGCCUUCUCUAUCUGCAUGAGGACUCCCUACUUAAAGUCAUCCACAGAGACCUCAAAGCUAGCAAUGUGUUGCUGGACAUCAAUAUGGACCCAAAGAUAUCAGACUUUGGCAUGGCAAAGAUCUUCGAAGGAGAACUCGGUGAAGCUAAUACAACUAAUGUUGGAACUUAUGGGUACAUAGCCCCAGAGUACGCUAUAGAAGGUAUCUUCUCUGUGAAGUCGGAUGUGUUCAGCUUUGGAGUUCUCCUGCUAGAGAUUCUGAGCGGGCAAAGGAACGGCGAUCACUAUCAGCGGCAUGGUCAGACACUUCUAAGAUCCGCCUGGGAGCUGUGGAACCAAGCGAGGGGGUUGGAGUUGACGGAUCCAUUGCUUGGAGACUCAUAUUCUCCAAAUGAAGCAUUUAGAUGCAUGCAUAUAGGGCUGCUCUGCGUCCAAGACUGUGUGGAGGAAAGGCCUACCAUGUCAUGGGUUGUUACAGUGCUGCGAAGCAAGCAAAUGGUGCUUCCAGAGCCUACAGAGCCACCAUCUUAUGUGAGACGCCGGGCUGCCAGUGCAAAUGCCUCAUCCAUGAGUGCCGAAGGCCAAGCAACGAAAAGUAGUUCUAUUAAUGAGGUGACGCUCAGCAAUGUGACGGCACGGCAGCGCGUCGAAAGAGAACCGAGGAAGUAUGGCAAGUUCCCACAGUCUAUUGAAAGAGGAUCAGAAUUUACAAGAAGAAGAAGCAAAGUCCCAGAUCUUGGAUGGACAGUCCAGGCUCAAAGUGGGGAAUUCAUGGGAUCCAAUUGCUCCUCGGCUGAUUCAUACGCAGCCGGCAGCGCGUUCGAGACCAAUCUUAAUAACCUCUUCUCCUCUCUUAGCUCCAAGUCUUCGAAUUCCAUUUCUGACAAAGAUACUGAAGGAGAGGACCCUGACCUCGUUUGUGGACUCUUCCUCUGCCUCGGAGACCUGUCUCAUGACUCCUGCCAAGCCUGCAUCCAGACUGCGAUCUCCAGGAUCGCCCACGAUUGCGCCUAUAGACGUCAAGGUGUUAUCUGGUACGACAACUGCCUGCUGCGCUACUCGGACGAUUACUUCUUCGGAGUCGUCGAUGCGAGUGGAUCCAAAUACGUCAAUCCUGCUCGUCCAAAAGAAUUUUCAACCGAACCUUGGGAGAAGAUGUCCAAAAUUGUUGAAGAGGCUCCCUACCAGCCUCUGAAGUUUGAAACCUUCUCUCUGGGCCCAGAAACUGCGUUCGGGAUGGCACAGUGCACGUCCGAUCUCAGCAGCCAAGGUUGCGAGCAGUGCUUGGCGACAGUCUUGGCUGCCAUCAAAGCUUGCUGUGCUGAUAUACAAGGUUGGCGUUAUGUGAGUCCUAGUUGCUGGAUAAGGUAUGAGCCUACCUUCUUUCUGCUGCCUGACAACCCAGAUAAUAGAAUUGGGGGCUUCAAUUGCACCGGUGACAUGUACGAUGCCAACAGCAGCUACCGGAUUAAUCUUGGUAACCUCUUUUCAUCACUAAUUUCCAAGUCACUGUCCUCCGAAUCGGCUAAUGACACAACUGGAGACGAUCCUGACCAUGUCUAUGGUCUCUUCCUCUGCCAAGGAAGUCUAUCUGCUUCUGACUGUCAGAAUUGCAUAAGAAAUGCUACCAACGAGAUUCAGCUUCUUUGUUCGAGGACUCAAGGCAUUAUUUGGUAUGACUACUGUCAGCUGCGCUACUCCAAUGUAAGCUUCUUCGGUGUCGCAGAUACGGAGGGCAUCUUCUUGACCAACCCUGAUAUCAGUGCCCAAACCAAUUCAACUGAAAACAUAGAUAUGGUUUCCAAACUGGUGCAAGAGGCUCCCAACAGGCGGCCCUUGAUGUUUGCAACGAAUUCGUCGCCCUCAGCUAGUUUGUUUGGAAUGGCGGAGUGCACCAUGGAUCUCAACAGCACGGAGUGUGGGAGGUGCUUAAAAACGAUCUUGGAAGACAUCAAGGCUUGCUGUAUCAAGUCGGAUGGCUGGCGCUACUUCAGUCCUAGUUGCUGGAUAAGAUACGAGCCAACCUCCUUCUUCGAUGUAGAUCUUGCAUCUCAGCCUACACCUAGUGGCGGCGGCGGCGGCGGCGAUAGAAGAGAUUCUCUGUUAGAAGAGGUUAGCUCUCCAUCUAACAGAGAUUUGCCCAUGGUGGAUCUGGGCAUCAUUCAGGCAGCUACAUGCAACUUUUCAGAUGAUAACAAGCUCGGGGAAGGUGGAUUUGGACCUGUUUACAAGGGUAUACUUCCUAAUGGGAAAGAAAUUGCAGUUAAAAGGCUCUCAACUGGAUCCCGUCAGGGUACUGCUGAAUUCAAUAACGAGACCCAGAGAAGCGCUCUCAGCUGGAUUGGAGGAAACGCCUUCACAUCAUUGCAGGCAUUGCACGAGGCCUUCUCUAUCUGCAUGAGGACUCCCUACUUAAAGUCAUCCACAGAGACCUCAAAGCUAGCAAUGGUGUUGCUGGACAUCAAUAUGGACCCAAAGAUAUCAGACUUUGGCAUGGCAAAGAUCUUCGAAGGAGAACUCGGUGAAGCUAAUACAACUAGGAUUGUUGGAACUUAUGGGUACAUAGCCCCAGAGUACGCUAUAGAAGGUAUCUUCUCUGUGAAGUCGGAUGUGUUCAGCUUUGGAGUUCUCCUGCUAGAGAUUCUGAGCGGGCAAAGGAACGGCGAUCACUAUCAGCGGCAUGGUCAGACACUUCUAAGAUCCAGAGGGAGAGAGGGAAAAAAAAAACUAACAUUAGCUCAUCUUCUAUUGCCUAGAGAAAUGGAUCAAGAAGUAGGUGCUAGAGAAAUGAUGCUGAUCUUUUGGUACGAAAGAGAAGCCUUCAGCUUCCUCCUCUUCCUUGCUGCUUUCCAGCUUCUCUUCCAUACCUCCACUGGUGCUGCCGAGACUCUCAUCUUCAAACCCAUCAAACUUAGUUGCUCAAGCGAUUCAUUUGCCAGAGAUGAUGACACGGUUCGGACUAGUCUUGAGGCCCUCUUUUCCUCCCUGAGAUCCAAGGCUUUGUGUUCCAGUUCUGGUAACCAGACCAUUGGAGACAGUCCUGAAACCAUUCAUGGCUCCUUCCUGUGCCGAAGGGAUCUCUCCUAUGAAGACUGCCAGACUUGCAUCCAUAUCGCAGCUGCCAAUCUCUUUCCAAGUUGCGCUUCCUCGCGAAGCGCUGCUAUUUGGAUCGAGCACUGCCAAUUGCGCUACUCCCAUCAGAACAUCUUCAUGGUCGCAGAUACUGAUGGAUUCAGCUUAACGAACCGCCAUGAGGAAAGCAGUUCCAUGAAGCCAAUAGGGGUGGUGUCAGAACCCAUGAAGGUGGCCAAUUAUCGGCGUCGCCUGAUGGAUGCACCCCAAACAGCUGCCAAUGAUGGAGCAGGGAAUGUAAAGGAAUCAUCAAGUUCUGGUGCAACGUCUAUCAUUAUUUCAAUUCUGGCAGUGGUUAUUGUGGGCACUUCUCUCUACUGUGUAUACUGCUGGAGAUGGAGAAAACGCAAUGCUAUCAGAAGAGGUCAAAUAGAGAAUCUCAGAUCUCUAUCAAGCUCGGAGCUGCCUCUGAUGGAUUUGUCUACAAUUCAAGCAGCUACAAAUAACUUUUCUGAAGAAAAUAAACUUGGGGAAGGUGGAUUCGGCCCUGUGUACAGAGGUGUGCUCUGCGGUGGAUCCGAGGUUGCGAUAAAGAGGCUGUCAGCCAAAUCCAGGCAAGGUGCUGUGGAGUUUAGCAAUGAGGUGGAGCUGAUUGCAAAGCUGCAGCACAGGAAUCUUGUGAGAUUGUUGGGUUUCUGUGCCGGGAAAGAAGAGAAGUUGCUCAUCUAUGAAUACCUGCCUAACAGAAGCCUUGAUGCCUUCCUGUUUGAUCCAAGCAAGAGGCAUCAGUUGGACUGGAAGAAACGCCACCCCAUUAUAGUAGGAAUCGCCCGGGGUCUCCUUUACCUUCAUGAGGACUCCUUGCUCAAAGUGAUUCACAGGGACCUCAAAGCUAGUAAUGUGUUGUUGGACAAUAAAAUGAACCCAAAAAUAUCAGACUUUGGCAUGGCAAAGAUUUUCGAAGGAGAAGAAAAUGAAGUUAAUACUGGCAAAGUUGUCGGGACAUUUGGAUACAUGGCUCCAGAGUAUGCCAUUGAGGGUAUUUUCUCUGUGAAGUCAGAUGUGUUCAGCUUUGGAGUUCUUCUCCUUGAGAUUUUAAGUGGGGAAAGGAAUGGAGCAUCUUAUAUAAAGCAACAUGGGGAGACUCUUAUUAAACAUGCAUGGCAACUAUGGAAUGAGGACAGAGUAACUGAAUUCAUGGAUCCAUUGCUUGGGGACUCGUAUCCGAUGAGCGAAGCUCGGCAAUGCUUCCGUGUUGGUUUGCUCUGUGUUCAGGAGAAUCCAGAGGACAGGCCCACCAUGUCAUCAGUUGUUCUCAUGUUGAGAAGCGAUCACACGCCAUUGCAUCCGCCAUCAGAGCCCUCAUCCUAUGUACGAUCGAAGAUACCAAAAUUGGAGAUGCCGCCGCUUCAUGUUUUCGGCGUCGACGAAAACUCAAUCUGUAAAUGAUGUCACACUUACUCUUGUCGAACCACGGUAGUGCAUCCAUGCAUGCAGCAAAACUACUUGAUAAGUUUCUGAGUGUUGGAAGUUGCUUUGAGGAUGUGAUUUGUGUGUCACAAAAGAAGUAGCUGGUAAUGUUUUCUGAAAUAAGGAUGUGCAGCUGCAACCUAUGUCUUCCUCUUUUUUUGGUCAGUAAAAUGUGAAGCACAAUAGGCAGAUGCAUUGGCUUCUAUAAGCUUGCAUAGAUGUCCUUGAUAUCUUACUGUAAUUGGUUUAAUACCAUGCUUGGAGUCUUCAGAAAGUUUUGAGUUGCAGAA